AUGGUGCCAAAAACAAACCGCAUUGAAGACUUCCCAGAUCACUGGAAAGCCACUCUCCUCGGCGACGAGUUCUGGAAAGACGCUGAGGACUGGAAUACUGAAACAAACAACAGAAUUGAGGCAGGCAACCUUCAUACCAGAUUCCCAUUUAACAUUGGACCAGAGCAAACUCCGCCGCCCCGUGCCCCGUCUAUCACUGCAGCGGUCGACUCGGACUGCGAGGUUGAUGCCGUGGUUCCUGAGAAGAGAAGUCGUCGCUUUAGUAUGAGUGAUGCCCUUACCGUGAGCACCUUUACUGGACGUAGUGGCUCUUCGCUAUUUGCAUCCAACCGUUUCCUUGACUUGGGUAGACAGUCACGCUCAGAUUCUCGCUCUCGUUAUAACAAUCUUGGACGUUCAUCAAGUGUUACGGCUGAUGUUCGCCGCUCGAACUCGAUGAUCAGAUCUACCUUCAACAGACUGAACCGCAGAAUGAAGAUGAGGGACGAAGGCGAGGAAGAAGAAGAGGAGCUGGAGAGCCAUGUCAAGGAACGUGCCACUGCCACUCUCACCUUCCCUCCUGACCAAGCAACACCGGCAAAUCCCCUUAUGGAGUUCCGCGGUGGAGCGCUCUGGGAAGCCAUCCCCAGAGACCGCCGUAUUUUAGGCCUGGACGUGUUCUGGCCAGUCCAAACCGACAAGCUCAUGCGAGAAACGAAGAAAGAUAGUAAAUACAAUCAGAACAAAAGAGAUUCAUCCGAGGGCGAAGAAGAUGACGGACCUACAAUCUUCCCAAUCAAUGAAAUGGCGCCUCUCUGCAUGUUCCGUAACCUGCGUAUCCUCAAACUCACGGGGAUGAUGCAGUCUUACCAAAUGUACAUCUUUCAAGCAGCUUGGCUCAAUACCAAUAUUGAGGAGCUUGAAAUUGGAAUGGCCCUUGCCCCGCGUCUUCGUCGUGGUUACAAAUGGCCGUUUAUGAAGGGUGAUUGGCGCCUUGAUAAAGCUACUUGCGGAGAACCCGUUUACUACGGUAACGGUGAAGGCUCUCUCGUCCGCACGGUCGGAAUCGGAGAAUACCUCGACAAGAUUUGCCUCGAAAAGGCCAAAAUACGGGCCAUGGCCAUGGGAAGUACCCGCAACCGUCUUUCAAUCCGCACACUGGUUCUCUCCGGUGUCGUGGUCGACGCGGACCCCUUCCUGCACUGGUUUGACCCAAAACGUUUGAAAUGUAUCAACUUCAAAGAAAACUGCGUCGACGCGGGGUUCUGGCUUCCACACUGUAUGAAGAAAGUCUCUGUUCUGUUUCCCAGACAGAUCGAUGAGCCCACCGUUAUUGGCCGCCGUGUGAAUCCUUUGGCCGAGUUGAAAGUUGUUGAGCUUAAGGGUAGAAAGAAAAUCGGCGAGAUACCCUAUCGUGGGCCGAAGAGUUUGGAAGAGGAUAUACCCAGGAAUGUUGGCGUUAAAGACAAGCAGCACUAA